AUGGCGGCACGAUUGAUAAAGAAAAUUUUGGAUGGCGAAUUUGGAGUUUUGCUGGCAAAAAUUUCCGCCCAACUGAAGGACAAUUGGGUCAAGAUUUACAUAACCUCCUCCACGGCGGACGUUAAACGAACCGAUCCGUUGGUUCAAACGGUCGCUCCGUUCGGAACGCGCUCGUUCGCCUCUGGAACGCGCAAGGUUACGCUUAUUCCAGGUGAUGGAAUUGGGCCAGAAAUUUCCGCCGCCGUGCAGAAGAUCUUCUCAGUAGCCAGCGUGCCGAUCGAGUGGGAAACCGUCGAUGUUACGCCCGUACGGAAUCCGGAUGGAAAGUUUGGCAUUCCACAGGGCGCCAUCGAUUCGGUGAACCGCAACAAGGUCGGCCUGAAGGGCCCAUUGAUGACGCCGGUCGGCAAGGGACAUCGCUCGCUCAAUCUGGCCCUGCGUAAAGAGUUCAACCUGUACGCGAACGUGCGUCCUUGCCGCAGCCUCGAGGGCUACAAGACGCUGUACGACAACGUGGACGUGGUGACGAUUCGUGAGAACACCGAGGGCGAGUACUCCGGCAUUGAGCACGAAAUCGUGGAUGGAGUGGUGCAGAGUAUCAAGCUCAUCACUGAAGAGGCCUCAAACCGUGUGGCCGAGUACGCCUUCAAGUAUGCCAAAGACAACAACCGCAAGAAGGUGACGGUUGUGCACAAGGCCAACAUCAUGCGCAUGUCGGACGGUCUGUUCCUCCGCUGCUGUCGCGAUAUGGCCCAGAAGUACCCGGAGAUCAAGUUCGAGGAGCGAUACCUCGACACUGUCUGCCUUAACAUGGUACAGGAUCCGAGGAAGUACGAUGUCCUGGUGAUGCCCAACCUGUACGGUGACAUCCUGUCCGAUAUGUGCGCCGGUCUGGUCGGUGGUCUCGGUCUGACCCCAUCCGGCAACAUGGGUCUGAACGGAGCUCUAUUCGAGUCGGUGCACGGUACUGCCCCGGAUAUCGCCGGCAAGGAUCUGGCCAACCCCACUGCCUUGCUGUUGUCGGCUGUGAUGAUGCUGCGACAUAUGGAGCUGAACCAGCACGCGGACAAGAUCCAAAGCGCGUGCUUCGAAACGAUCAAGGAGGCGAAGUACUUGACCGGUGAUCUUGGCGGCAAGGCCAAGUGCUCCGAAUACACUAACGCCAUCUGCGACAGAAUCAAGUAAACGCUCGUGGAUGAGGCUUGCGUGCAAUAGAACGACGACGACGACAACCUAUAUCCCCCUUCCUCAGUCCUCUCCACCGAAAUGUUAAAGGAAGCGCGCGUGCCCCGCCACUACCAAGCAGGAUGCUACACGCAUCGUGGCUGUUUCUAGCAAAUUUCAUAGCAGGGCGGCAGAGCAAAACAGCGACUAGCGAACUAUUUAUUUGUAAUUUUAAAACACACAAAAACACUCGCGCACCCAUCUGAUCCGACGCAGACGUCCGCCGAACGCGAUUCUUUAAAAUGGGCCAACAUUACAACACGAACAGCAGCGGCAACACCAGUGCCAGUGUAACGGAUGCGAGCACUCGCUGGCUUGUUGAGAUGGGAUCCAGUAUUAAGGUGAACCACACGCAGACGUCCAAAGACCGACGAAGUAUCAAACAAACAUCCGAGCCCCAAUUCAGUUGUCCACAGGCGACCACCCGUCCCGAUUCGUCGAUAAUUUAUUUCCCCACGCCUUCAGACAAUAAUAGCAGCGGCCAUCUUCAUCAGCCACCGACGCAGCUUGAAGCGGAGGAAUUACCGGCAUGAGGUGGCGAUGAAUUUUUCCUAGGUUUUUAAAUUGCAUAGUCAUUAACCAGGUGGACAUAUAAUGUAGUAGUCUUAGUAGCGGACAACGGACUCGAUGGCGCAAACCGACCAGCCCCGCGAGGAUAACGAAUGCAUUAGAACGUUUCUAGAAGUAUGGAGUCAAGCCAGCAAAAAGAACGCCAGUGCCAGCCGAUGGGCCAUAGGACGGGAGAUAGGCGCAUGUCCUAUCCCGGCAGCGACAGCAAAAUGUACAUGAUGCGGAAUUUAACCAAAAAUUGAAAAUAAAACUGUCUCAAGUUUAGUUGAUUCAAA